AUGGCGCCUUUUCCAUCCCCAACUCCAACAUGGCACUCAGACAGCUACCCAUCGAUUUCUCCCACCCGCCCGGAACUUUCUGCUCAAGGCAAGGCGGUGCUUGUGACUGGAGGCGGCACGGGCAUAGGUGCAGAGACGGCUAUGGCUUUUGCUUCGGCCGCUGCUUCUCGAAUUGCUCUUCUUGGCCGCCGGGAAAAGCCCCUCUUGGCGACCAAAGCCUCUAUCGAAGAGAAGUUCCCGAAUGUCGAAGUACACGUUGCUUCGACUGAUGUCACCGAUCAGAGCCAAGUGGAUGUCGCAUUUUCAAACUUUGCUAGCCAGAAGACCAUCGAUAUCCUGGUCAGCGGCGCGGCUACAAUUGGUCCCAUGGGUUCUGUGAAGGAUGUGGAUAGCGCGAGGCUCCUCGAAGCUGUUCAGCAGAAUCUUGAAGGAGCUUUGUUUGUCGCGCAACCCUUUCUUCGCCAUGCAUCCGAACAUGUAGUAGCUAUUGAUAUCAACUCGAGUGCUGCACAUGUGAAUUUCGCCGAUGGGUUUGCGGCAGAAGCGAGGGGUGUCAAAGCUACUGGCAUCGAAGACCAUGUUUCUCUGCCUGCUCAUUUUUGUGUCUGGCUUGCGAGUCCCGAAGCGCAAUUCUUGAAGAGCAAGUUCUUGUGGGCAAACUGGGAUAUCGAUGAGCUGAAGGCGAAUGCAAAGGAGAUCGAAGGUAACACUCAAUUCACCAAUGGGCUCGUUGGAUGGCCGUUCCUCGCUGUGGACUGGAAGGCCACUUGGAACCCUGAUGAGGGAGGUCGUGAUUAG